AUGACAGAUGCUUGGACAGACAGAAAAAGGAGGAGUAUCAUGAACCUAUGUGUUAAUUCUAAUGCAGGUACUGUUUUUUUGUCUUCCAAAGAGUCUUCAGACGAAGCACAUACAAGCGAACUCAUUUUUGAAUAUGUGGACAAGUGCAUUGAGCAAGUUGGCCCACAAAAUGUCAUCCAAGUAGUAACAGACAAUGCUGCCAACAAUAUGGGAGCAGCAAAAUUAUUGAAAUUGAAGAGGCCAAAUAUCUUUUGGACAUCAUGUGCUACUCACACUAUCAAUUUGAUGCUUGAAAGUAUUGGAAAACUACCAAAGUUUAAAAAAGUCAUUGAUCAGGCCAAGAGUUUGACGAUCUUCAUUUAUGCACACCAUAAGACAUUGUCCUUAAUGAGAUCAUUUACAAAGAAGAGGGAUAUUGUGAGACCGGGAGUUACUAGAUUCGCUUCUUCUUUCCUUACUUUGCAAAGUUUGAUGGAGAAAAAAGCUCAAAUGAGGACAAUGUUUACUAGCUCUGAAUGGGAUGAGUGCAAAUGGUCAAAGAUUGUUAAAGGGAAAGCAACAUAUGCUACUGUGAUGAGCAUUACUUUUUGGAAUGGUGUGAAUUUAUGCCUCAAGGUUUUUGCUCCUUUGGUGAAGGUACUUCGAAUUGUUGAUGCAGAUAAAAAGCCUUCUAUGAGCUUUUUAUAUGGAGAGCUUAAGCAUGCAAAGGAAGCUAUUAUGCAGGCCCUAAAUAAUAUUGAGAAGAACUAUCAACCUAUUAUUGAGAUUAUUGAAGCAAGGGUAAAAGAUAGGCUAGAUAGUCCACUACAUUUUGCGGCUUACCUUUUGAAUCCCUAUUACUUUUUUAAGGAUAUGAGUAUAAAACUUGAUCAUGAAGUCAUGGAUGGAUUUUUUAACUGUGUGGAGAUGUUUUAUGAUACCAAUGGUGAAUUGCAAGGUCAUGUUGUAAAUAUUGAGUUGCCAAAAUAUACUCAUAAAGAAGGAACUUUUGGAAAAUCGUGA